AUGGCUGGUCCCGGUGGUGGUCCCCCUCGCCGCAGCCACACCAAAUCUCGCAAGGGCUGUGAUACCUGCAAGCGCCGCCAUAUCCGAUGCGAUGAAAACUUCCCCCAGUGCCGAAAUUGCACCAAGCACAAGAUUCGAUGCCCAUACAACGAUGUACAGGUUCCUGAUGCUGAGCGCUCUACAACUCCCGACAAGCCAGACCUGAUGUGGACGCCCCAAAUUGAAGCCGCCAUUGCUGAAUGGCAAACGACAGGCAUCUUCCCACUCCCCAGCCUGGGAAUCUACCCUGCCCCCAUGCCACACCUGUACUCUGUUGAAGAUCUCCGUCUGAUCUACCAUGUUGCAACACUAUACUACCAACUCGCUACCAUCGAUGCUAACAAUUUCACCCUUUGGACUCGCCAUAUUCCAACUCUUCUUCGAAUUGGUGCCACGACACCGUAUGUGAUGCACGCUCUGCUCGCUUUCUCUGCUAUGCAUAUUGCUUUCCUCACCGACUGCCCUCUAGUUGGCAGCAUGGCGUAUGAGCACCGCGGCAUUGCCCUCAAGGGCCUCCAGGAAGCCAUUGGGUCUUUCUCUCGAGAGACAUCAGAUGCUAUCCUUGCUGCCUCCCUCGUUCUCUCAUGGCAGGCUACGGACUGGCGCAGCUGGACCCAGUUGAUGCAAGGCACUUCAUCCGUGAUCGAUGCCAUGGACCCCUGGAAGCAUGAGUCCCAGUUCGGAGACUUCAUCGCCGAGAGUAGCACGUUCCCAACUGCCCCGCCAUCUCCCGGAAAGGAUCAUCGCCCAAGCCAGCCUCGCCCUGAGGAUCUGGAUGCCUACCAUCGAACGCUCGAGCAGAUUCAAAAAGUCGAGGCACACCUCAAGUACCACAAGGAAGAUACUACACAGAUUCAGCAUCUCAUUGGCUUUCUCCGAGGCUCCCGCAAGAUUAGCCCUACGCUCUCCAUUGCCCAGCAAUUUGAGCGUCUCCAGCCUCUCCGCAAAUGGCUCUUCUGGAUGCCCGUGGGUUACCUGCAGAACUACCAUGGCUCUCCCAACUCGCUGGUCAUCAUUGCUUAUCUGUAUACCGUGGCUCUUCUUAUGGAACGUCUCUUCCCAGAGAUUGGCGCCGCCUAUUUUGGCAGUCUGUCUAUUUCUCCUGUUGAAGAAAUUGCUCGACGACUCAUGUCCAUCAACGUUUCUGGCGUCGGAAGCGAGAUGCAAACUCCCUUGACUCUAAUGGAGUUCCCUAUCGACACAGUCAGCCAGUUUCGGUCGCGUAUGGGAUGGAUGCACCCCGAAAGAACUCCCUCUUUUCCUCAGUUCAAUCCUCGCAAUUUCACUAUCCAGGAGGAGGUGCCCACCCAUGAGUCGUAUCUGUACGGAAACCCUGCUUUCAGCUACAGCACUGAGGAAAUGCCUAUGCUCAACGCAUCCGGACCACCUUCUGCAGUAAGCCCCCUGGUCUUGUCGCCAUAUCCAAGCCAGCAGUACCUCAGUGUUCCCUCACCGGCGUACAAUGGGGCUUACAGCCCGGCAUCCUCGACUUUCGAGGGCUCUGUCGCAUACAGCGAUACUGAAGAGUAUGGAUCAUGGGACAUGAACACUCUACAAGGCGGGCCAUCCUCAUCAAUUCAGGACUCCCCUCAAAACUAUGGCGUCGGGUUCGUUACUCCUGUCCAGGCUGUGUGGAUCUAG